ACGUGGUCGCGCCGCUGCGCCGUGCUGCGUGCAGAUGUGUCGCAGAUUCUUUUCCAACGGAAAACGUCCAGCGUGGGUCCGAGGCGCUCGCGCUCUUGAUGGAGCUGUCAGCGAUUGGCGAGCAAGUGUUCGCCGUGGAGUCCAUCCUGAAGAAAAGAGUUCGGAAGGGGAACGUGGAGUACCUGUUGAAAUGGAAAGGAUGGCCUCCGAAGUACAGCACAUGGGAACCUGAGGAACACAUCCUGGACCAGCGUUUAGUCCAAGCCUAUGAAGAGAAAGAGCAGAGAGACAGAAGUCUUGGUCACAGGAGGAAACGAUCAAAAGCCAAAAGACUCCUGUUACAGAACACGGUGUAUACCAUGGACCUCCGUAGCGCUCACAAGACCACGGACACACCCCCGCGCCGUCUACGUUUCUCCCUGAGCCGUUCACUACUCCCGGAGGAAGAAGAGGAAGAGGACGAGGAAGAUGAGGAGGAAGACGAGGAGGAAGAUGAGGAGGACGAGCAAGAGGAGGACGGCUCGUACGUUGCCUGGAGGAGAGCGUCCCGUUACAACAAGAGGAGGCCAAAGAGGAGAUGCCCUAACUUGAGGAUGGCGAGUCCCGCACAAGACGAUUGGAAAAGCCUGGGAGAGGAAGAGGAGGAGGAAGAGGACAUUGUAGAAGAGGAGGUGGAGGAGGAGACUGAGGAUAGGACAGAUAAGAGUGCAGGUCAGAAGAGGGCCGCCAAGUGGAGCCCCGCUAUCGGCCGAGACGAGCUCACGGGGGCGGAGAUGACCGACACCGCGUGGAGGCCCGUCGUCGGUCCGGCAGAGGUGACGGUCACCGACGUCACCAUCAACGCUCUCACCGUGACGUUCCGAGAGGCGCGCGUGGCGCAAGGCUUCUUUCGAGUGUGGGCUGGAGGUAUGAGUGGUUGAGGCGAGACUUGGGAAUUAAUCCUCAACUCUUCCUCCCUGCUUGGACAAGAGCUGAAAUGUGGAUUGGCUCAGAAUGACCUUGCCCUCAAUGGAAAGGAGAAUAAACGCACGUAGGCGACGGGAGAAAGAAAAUGAGCCAUUAACGAGCUGUCAUAUGUAAACUGUCACAUGUUUGCACUUUUUAAUGAUCCUACCUGUCAUUGAUUCCCUGCAAAACCUUUGUCAGCAUCAUUGCAUGCAAAGCCUAUUUUAUUUAUAUAUUGAAACAAAGUUGUCGUAAUGGCGCCCUUAGUGGUCAAAAACGUAACUGUAAAGUUCUCAGACCAUUUGAAGAGGUUAAGUUAGCGAAGGAGACAUUCUUUUGUAGUACAUUUUAUAUUAAACACUCAUCCCAAAAAUCUGCAAAUAUUGGUUAAAAUUUCAAGAUGAACCUAAAAUGCACGACUUGCAACUUCGCAGAUGUAACAGCCAAUUGAAAAUGCCAUGUCAUAUCACAUGAGCUUUCACAACAAAAAUCAAAUUUCCCGGUACGACGCGAGAUCCAGCCGGCUGCCGCCAAGCCGUACCGGUACAUUAUUACAUUAUACAAAGUAUAUAAACUGUAUAUAUAUUUUUUCAAUUAUACUUGCCUCUAGUUAUAAUUUGAUCUGUGCCGUUGUUAUUGUGGUUCAAUAAAAAAAUAAUAAAAGUGAAAUAUAUGCAGAGCCUCAAAAUGUUGUUUCCAAAAUGGAACACCAGGACUCGCAGUUUUUCUGUUGCAGCGAGUUGGUAUGUGUGCGAGGCAUAACCCGCCAGGUGUGCAGAUGGAAGUCACCGACUGUAAUUUGUUCGCAGUUGAACGUUGCUCGGUCGGCCGUCUCGCUUGGUAUGCAGCAGGCCUUAGGUUCGUCCUGAAAUUCUACCCGAAAGCCCACUAACCCAAACCUUUUGAGUGGUGUAUUAUGUGUCUAGACGUGCAAGUAGAAGAACCAAAUGUCAGAAAUGUUGCACUAAAAUUUGACAAAAGAUCAAAUGUAUAACCAUCAAGGAUUAUGUUAACGUUCCCUUUCAGGUUGUUGCAGUAAUGGACUUAUUGAUGUAUUUAAAUAUGAGAAACUUUAACAUAACUGCUUAAAGUUAAUGCUAAAAUAGGACAUUUUAGCACAUGAUAGUAUAUUUUUUGAUCCAUAUUUUAAGUGUUAAACUUUUAACAAUCACUGUACAUGUUCUAAAGUGUGUGAGUUGUUGCUGUUGGAAAUGGUACGAUUUGCACUAAAAAUGAAAACAAUUUAAUAAAAAAAAAGCUUCUUUAGAAAGUCUUGUGUGCUUCUAUACAUAAAUCUGCAGUUUUUUUUACAUACAGUACAUCCAACUGCUGUAAAGUGGCUGUCUUGUACUGUAUCUUUGUAAACACAUAGACUCAUCCCUGCUCAAAUUGUAGCUUUUGUCUUGUCCGCCAAGAAAAUAUGUAAUACCACACGUGUAUACAGUAUUCAGAAGACAAACAUCUACUCUGCUGUGUAGACGACACACAUUAAUCAUCUCUCUGUGUGCAGUGCGGGUACAAGCAGGCCUUGUGCUGGAAACAAGCAUGAAUUGAGAUUUGAAAACACUGCAAUUGUGAUACAUCAAAGAGGAAAAAAGUUGCGAAAUACUGUAAUGAAUACGCCGUGUUGUUUAUCUACUGGACUUUGAAAGUCAUUUGUGUGCAUAAUCAAGUGAGGAUGAUUGACAGGUAGGAAUGGAAGUGCCUCAUGCGUCGUUCUUUUUUGAAUGAUUGCAACUAUGUAUAACUCAAUCUAUGAGAAAUGUUAAUGAAGGUGAAGUAUGUGUUCGUCUUUUUUUUUCCACAUUGAACUGAAUGUAUAUUUAUGCUUAUGAGGCGAUAUCUGGGCAUUGCCAGAACACGAGUUUCCUAUAAUUUGUGAUAACUUGACACCAUAGCUACCCUUGACUCAUGUCCAGCCCCUUUGCACUUGGUGACGUUAACCUGCAAGACCUACUGAAUUAUAAACUGAGGGUGUCUAACAUUUGAAAUGAUAAUGAAAUAAAUGUGGCUCAUGGUU